CCAAAAAUAAAAAAAUGAAGAGGAUUGGAUUCCAAAUAAAAUGUUGCAACGAUGUUUUUACUAAGCGACGUAGUUUUUCUCCUGCUUCUCAGCGUUAAUUAAUAUUUAUCAAAGAGUGCAGGGUCCAAAAGGUCGCUUCGUAUUCACCUGGGCCCAAAAAAAAAAAAAAAAAAAAGGGCUCGCAUCACGAGUAGCUGAUAACAAUGGAAGGUGGGAUAAGGUGCUCAACGAACUAUGUUCCUCUGUCUCCAAUUAGCUUCUUGGAGCGAUCGGCGAUUGUUUACAGAGACAGAACCUCCGUCGUCUACGGAAGUGUCCGUUUCACAUGGCGCCAGACGCUUGAACGGUGCAAAAGACUUGCUUCCGCUCUUGUUCAAUUGGGAAUUUCUCCUGGAGAUGUGGUUGCUGCAUUGGCUCCAAAUAUUCCAGCAAUGUAUGAGCUACAUUUUGGUGUUCCAAUGGCAGGGGCAGUUCUCUGUACGCUUAACACACGCCUUGAUUCUGCAAUGAUAUCAGUAUUACUGAAACAUUCAGAGGCUAAAAUCAUAUUUGUGGACUACCAAUUAAUCCAUGUUGCCCAGGGAGCAAUUGAUAUAUUAUCAAAGACGAGGACCAAUUUACCUCUUCUAGUAGUAAUUCAGGAAUUGGAUCAACCGUCUCCUGAUGUCAGCAGAUCUAGGGACUUUGAAUAUGAGAGUCUAUUAGCAAGGGAAAGAGUGGAUUUUGAGGUCAGACGUCCAAAAGAUGAAUGGGAUCCUAUUUCACUCAACUACACUUCAGGCACCACAUCAAACCCGAAGGGUGUCAUAUAUAGCCAUAGAGGUGCUUAUCUCAAUUCUCUAGCAACAAUUCUUUUCAAUGAGAUGCUCUCAAUGCCUGUGUAUUUAUGGUGUGUUCCCAUGUUUCACUGCAAUGGUUGGUGUCUCCCUUGGGGAGUGGCUGCUCAGGGGGGCACAAAUGUCUGCCAAAGGAAUGUUACUGCGAAAGGAAUAUUUGACCAAAUUUCUCAGCAUAAAGUGACCCACAUGGGUGGUGCUCCAACAGUUUUGAAUAUGAUUAUAAAUGCACCAGAAAAUGACCGGAAGCCACUUCCAGGAAAGGUGACAGUUAUGACAGGAGGUGCUCCACCACCGUCACAAGUACUUUUCAAGAUGGAGGAACUAGGAUUUGGUGUAAUUCACUCAUAUGGUUUGACAGAAACUUAUGGUCCUGGAACAAUAUGCACUUGGAAGCCUGAAUGGGACUCUCUGUCUCGUGAAUCGCAGGCAAAGCUCAAAGCCAGACAGGGGUUACAACAUAUUGGCAUGGAGGAAUUAGAUGUAAAAGACCCUGUUACCCUAAAGAGUGUGCCACCUGAUGCCAAAACCAUGGGUGAGGUUAUGUUUAGAGGGAAUACUGUGAUGAAUGGAUAUUUGAAAGAUGUUAAAGCAACAAAAGAUGCCUUUAAUGGUGGAUGGCUGCGAAGUGGGGACUUGGGGGUGAAACAUCCAGAUGGUUACAUUGAACUAAAGGACCGUUUGAAGGAUAUUAUCAUUUCUGGAGGUGAAAAUAUUAGCACAAUUGAGGUGGAAUCUGUGCUCUAUACUCAUCCAGCAGUUCUUGAAGCAGCGAUUGUAGGACGACCUGAUGAUUAUUGGGGCGAGACGCCCUGUGCAUUUGUGAAGCUGAAGGAUGAGUUCAACACCUGUGCAGAGGAGAUCAUCAAUUUCUGUAGGAGUCAUUUGCCACAUUACAUGGCUCCUCGAACUGUUGUUUUCGAUGAUCUGCCAAAGACUGCAACUGGGAAGGUUCAAAAGUAUGUUUUGAGGCAGAAAGCUAAAGCCAUGGGAAGCCUUUCCAAAAAGAGUAAGAGCAAACUGUAAGGCACCUAUAACAAUGAUUGUUACUGGAAUGAUGCAUUUCCUGUGUCCUAGAAAUACCAUGAACAUAUAUUUUUAGAAGCUCAUGUAGCCAUGCGCAAAGUAAAUAAUUCUUUUUCUUUUCUGGUAAACUUGAUGGACUUGAAUUGUAAUUAUGGUGUGUUUUAUAAUAGAUUCGUUGGAGUCUAGCACAGUUGUUGA